AUGGCUUGUCGUUUAUCUCUUCACAUUUGUUGGUAUCCACGAACUAUUAUAUAUCAACAAUUUUUUCUUCGUUCAUCAUUUUCUACCAUACCAAGUGCAGAUAAUGUAACACAAUCCCAUCGAUCAGCUUCUCGUUUUUCCGUUAAAAUUGCUCGAUUUCUUUUUUCCAAAAAUCGUCUUAAACCAUAUGCACGUUUAUCUACUCAUCCACAUUAUACAAAAACAGAAAGUCCUGGUGAUAUUCAUGAGUUAGCACGUGAUUUUAUUCUUUCACUCGAACCAGAACAUCGACGAAUUCUUUCCAAUGAAUUAAUUGAAUUAGAAAAAUUAUCAACAGCAACAACUGGUACAAUACCAGUUCUUUCUUCACAAUUAGCUAUUAUUUUUCUUGAAACUGGACUUCCAUAUAUUGGUUUUGGUUUUGUUGAUAAUUUUGUUAUGCUUGUUGCUGGCGAAACAAUUGAAACAUUUUUUGGUGUUGCUUUUUGUCUUUCUACAAUGGGAGCCGCCGCUUUGGGAAAUGCGGUCAGUGAUGUAAUGGGCGUUGGUCUUGCUGACCGUAUUGAACGAACAUGUGGACGAUUUUUAGGUAUGUUUGGAGUUAAACAACCUAAAUUAACGUCUGAUCAAUGGGGACAACGAUCAGUACAGAUAACUCAAUUGAUGUCGAAAGUUAUUUGUAUUUUUGUUGAUAUGAAUCUUCUUCGUACAUGUUAUUUAACAACACGUUUAAGUCAUUCAUUCAUACAUUCUUUUAUUCGUCAAACACAUAUAGAAGCAUCAACAGAACAAUCACCAAUAUGGAUUCAACCAAAAAAUGAACCUAUUGAAACUAAACGUCGUCGUCUUCUUUAUCAAAGUCGAAAACGUGGUAUGCUAGAAAAUGAUCUUUUACUUAGUAAUUUUGCUUCAAUUUAUUUAUCAAAACUGAAUGAAUAUGAUCUUGAUUUAUAUGAUAAAUUAAUAAAUACACCAUCAAAUGAUUGGGAUUUAUAUUAUAUGGCUAUAGGAAGAAUAGAUACACCGGAAGAAUAUCAACAUCAUAUUAUGGAUUUACUUAAAAAUUUUGUUAAAAAUGAACAAAAACAAACACGUCAUCGACAACCAAAUGUAGUACCUGUUUAA